UCUUACAAACGACAACGACAAACGAACGUCAGUCCGGUCAGUCCCGUCAGUCGGGUUGAGUCGGUUGGUUAUUUCCAGGCAUGUCGGUUUUUACUUCUUGUAUCGAAAGAUACAACGAAGGAGCAUCGUGUCUCUCAGUAUAUCCCGAAAACACUUUUCUAACCGUCAUUUCCAAAUCGUUUUUCUUUCCGAUUCUCCGGUCCGUGAAAAACAAACAACAUCGUGUCGUUUUUACUCUCAUUUCUUUCGCGAAUAGACCAAACGUAUGACGCCGAAAAAGAUUUGUAAUGAGAAAAAACCACGCUACCGUGUAAAAAUAGUGCAUCGAAGUUUUUUUCAUUCGCGAAUUAAACGGAAAUAACUCGUGCGACAUUCGUGAAAACAGGAUAUACAUGUCAUCCGCGUUAGUAAAAUAAUAAUAAUAAUAAUAAUAAUAAAAGUGGAGUGAAGAAAAUAGUGGACAAGGACUGUUUCAAGAGGAUUUAAAAUUUGAUCGACGUUGCUUUCGGGAAGGGUGGAUGUUUGUUCGAGCUCAAACCUGCCCGGUCACGCGCCCUAGCAUGGUUGCCAAGCACUUUAGCCAGGGCUCCGGCCCGGAGACAGGGGUCCCGGAUAUGACGGUAAUCAGUGACAUAGACGAGACUGGGAUCAACCGAAAUCUCCAGGUCCGAUACGGCAGGGAUCAGAUAUACACUUACACCGGUUCCAUUCUCGUGGCGGUGAAUCCUUACAAGGAGGUUGACGUCUACACAAUGGAAUACGUAAAUCGUUAUCAUGGACAAAAAAUGGGAGCAUUGGAACCCCACGUAUUUGCACUCGCCGAAGCUUCCUACCGUUCGCUUCAGGAAACCAAGAACAAUCAGUCCUGCGUCAUAUCCGGCGAAAGCGGGGCCGGAAAAACAGAAACGACCAAAUUCAUACUCCAGUAUUUGUGCUCGAUAACGAGCAACGUUGACACUUGGGUCGAACAACAAAUCCUCGAAGCUAACACCAUUCUCGAAGCUUUUGGUAACGCAAAAACCGUGCGAAACGACAACAGCUCGCGAUUCGGUAAAUUCAUGCAAGUGUGUUUCGACAGUAAAUGGAUGAUAAGAGGCUGUAUAAUUCAGGAUUAUUUGCUGGAGCAAAGUAGAAUAACGUUCCAAAGUCCGGGAGAGCGUAACUACCACGUUUUAUAUCAGUUGGCGGAGGGAGGAAUACGAGACAGAGAAUUCGCAGAGACGUACAAGUUGGUGCCACCGACAAAGUACAAAUAUUUGAAUCAAUCGGGUUGCAUAAAGAUCGAUGGAAUAUCGGAUUCAAAGAAACUGGACGCGUUGCGUUUGGCGUUUAGCGUGUUGCAAGUCCCGACCGAAAUGUGCGAAGGUAUUUUUCGGGUAUUGUCGGCCAUUUUGUGGCUUGGUAAUCUCAACUUCGAGGACGUCGACGGUGAACGAUGUGAAUUGACGAAAGAAGAUCUCGACAUCAUCGCGACGGUAGCUCCUCUUCUCGGCUUGCAAGUCGAAGACUUAACGAGAGUCGUUCUCGUUCGUCAAAUAAACGUGCGCGGUAACAUCACCGAAAUUCCACUCAAAGUUCAAGAAGCACGCGAGAACAGACAUGCCAUGGCAAAAGCUCUCUACUCUAGAACGUUUGCUUGGCUCAUCAAUCAUAUCAACAAUUGCACCAAUCCGGGACAAGAUAGCUCCAGGUUUCUCGGCGUACUCGAUAUAUUUGGAUUCGAAAAUUUUGCUGUCAACAGCUUCGAACAACUCUGCAUCAAUUAUACUAACGAGAAACUCCACAAAUUCUUCAAUCAUUACGUGUUCGCUCUGGAACAGGAGCUGUAUCGUCAGGAAGAAAUUCAAUAUUCGCACAUAACCUUUACGGACAAUACGAUGUGCCUCGAACUAAUAGAAAAACCGCCGCGUUGCGUGCUGAAGCUAUUGACAGAGCAGUGUCACAUGCCAAAAGGUUCGGAUUUGGCAUACCUGACAAAUUUGCAUGCCGAGUUCGAUAGUCAUCCCUGUUACGUCAAAGGCGAUGAUCGUCGGAGAUGGGAAAAGGAAUUUGGCCUUAAGCAUUACGCUGGUUGCGUUACGUACACGGUCGAAGGAUUCGUUGAAAAAAAUCGCGAUGUUCAGCAAGACGUUUUCUUUGAUUUUAUGUCAAGAAGUACGAACGAAUUCGUUCAGGAGAUAACGGUUUAUCAGGACCUUUUGGGCUGCACGGUAGCACGAGCACCUGGAAACGCAACGACAAUGUCGAGAGGCACUUCCAAAGGUAAGCCGACCCUUUGCGAUUCCUUCAGACAUCAAUUGCAAGCGCUCGUUGAUGUUCUACAAGCAACGACGCCGUGGUACGCCCGAUGCAUAAAACCGAACAUGGAAAAAAAGUCAAACAACUACGACGAAAAACUCGUCCUCGAUCAACUCAAAUAUCUUGGAAUGUUGGAUAUCAUCAGAAUACGAAAAGAAGGAUUUCCUGUUCACAUGCCGUUCCACGAGUUUGUUGCUCGCUACCGAUGCCUCAGUCGCAAGACUUUGCCUCACGAUGACAAAGACGCUGCUAGGUGUCUAAUCGCAUGCCAGGGCAUCCCCGACACCGAAUGGCAAAUCGGCAAAACCAAAGUCUUUCUUCGUAGCUAUGUUCACGAACCUCUGGAAGACUCCAGAAAUCAAAUGGUCACCAAAAAUGCUAUCCUUAUACAAAAGGUCUGGCGAGCUUACAGAGUCAGGAGGGAAUAUCGACGCGUGAGAGUGGCGGCUCUAAAAGUUCAGCAUGCCUAUCGUGGUUGGAAACUUCGUAUAAUGUUUAUAAGAAAACGACGCGCAGCGAUCGUGAUCCAGUCGCAUCUUCGGGGAGUAUUUGCCCGGGAAGUAGCUGCUGCUUUGCGAGAGAUGCGUCGAGUCGACGAAGAGAUGCGAAAACGUGAAAGAAUGGAGGAAGAACGAAGACUUAUGGAGGACAAAAAAACUAUCGAAGAUAGUCAAAGCGCUCAAUACAAUGGUAUUGCCGGAAUGGAAGCAGGGAAAGCUCAGGAGGAAAUCGCAGCGUUGUCGCAAAUGGCUGAGACUAUAAAUUCUAAAAUGGCUGCAUCGGAAUUGCAGUCAGUGGAUCUGGACAAUUUAUUCUCUUUCUUGUCGGACGUACAAUCGACCAAAAGCAAUCAAAUAAUCGAGGAAAUUGGUGAGCGUAUGGACGAGUUGGUAGAAGAUCUUGAUGCUGAAUUGGAAACGGUUAUCCAGCUGGAGAUGGAAAUGAAUGCUCGAGCGGAUUCGAAGCUGAACUCUCCGGAUGGGAUUGCUCAAAGAAACGGUACAACGACAGUGUGUAAGUUGGGACAACCGAGUUUGCCGGAGCCAACGGGACCGCCACCGCCACCACCCCCACCGCCGCUGCCAUCACUUUUCAACGACGAUUCUUCAAUGCCAGAUGAUAACGAGCCGAUCUACGAAUCAGUUUUACCGCGUGACGAAAAUGGACCGAGCAGUCCGAUAAUGAUGAACAGAAAUUCUGGUCAAUUGAUAAACGGCGAAACAUGCGCCUCUCCACCACCCGUCCCAACAAGUAAAAUAAUUAAAGAAACUUCGAUCGGAAGUCCACCCUCGAGGCCGGAAUCUCGCAAUUCAAAUGCUCAUCACUCGUACCAUCAGAAUCAUCAUCCAAACGUCACAAGUGUGUCUCAACAAAACGGCCAGGAUAUUCAACCGCAUGCAAUCAACCAACAACCACAAGUGCAGCAACAGCAACAGCAACAGGUGCCACAACAACAACCACAACAACAACCACAACAACAACAACAACAACAACAACAACAACAACAACAACAACAACAACAACACCAACAACCGAUCAUCAACUCUGUCUCGCAGCAACAACCUGCUGAACGCGAACAACGUCGCAAAUUCCGCGUUGAACGAAAACUUCAAGAGCUUGAAGAUAAAAAAGAGAUUCCCGAAAUUGAAACCACAUAUCACGAUAUUGUCGAAUUUGCACAAAACUAUUUCAACAGCCACGAGAGAUCACCUGAGGGCACUAUUAUGGCCACCCUGACGAGGAAAUCACGUGGCAAAAGUGUCGAAUUCAUUCCUAAAUAUGAAAUGGUCACGUAUUACAAAGGCUCCAGCAUUCCAAAUUCUCAUAUUCAUAUGUACGAUCCAGAUAACGUAAAUCUUGCCUGUUCCAUCUUUAGGGAUUUGUGCAAGUACCUUCGUGGAGAAAUGAAGUUGGAUCAAGAAAUAGCAACGAUUCAAUCGAUAAUCGGCUACGGUAUAGAGCGCGAAGAGCUUCGGGACGAGAUUCUCGUGCAAUGUAUUCGUCAAGCAACUAACAAUCCGAAUUUGGAAUGGGCUGAAAGAGUCUGGCUUCUGCUCUGUCUGGCGAUUGUUGCUUUCCAACCGAGCAAGCUACUCUAUAAAUAUUUCGUUUCAUUUCUCAAGAAGAAUCUCGCUCUUGAAGGGAAAUUGCGUCAAUACGUCGAGUGGUGCGUCGAUAAUUGCAAGAAUAUGAAAGUUUCGUGCAGACAAUUCCCACCGUCAACUGUGGAGAUUGGAGCGAUGCGAAGACUCGGCACGAUCGUUUGCCGAUUUUUCUUCCUCGAUGGAAGAACAAAAGCUAUCGAUGUUCAUCCGACCGACACGGCGGCCGAUGCUGCAGCAAAACUGGCCGAAAAAUUGGGUUUGAGGUCUUUGGAAGGAUGGGCGAUUUAUCAAAGUCGACCGGACGGCGAAGAACACGUUCGAGCACACGAUUAUCUUUAUGACGUCAUUGCCGCAUGGGAAGUUAAACAGUGCAAGCUCAAUACCUCUCAGUCAAGCUUCUCAACCCUCAGGCGGGGCAACAACGCAACUUUAGGCAGCGGCGACAAUCGCUUUGUCUUCAAACGCCGAUUAUUCCGGAAUACCCGAGAACUCUCACAAGAUCCCGUUGAAGUCAACAUGCUGUACUCACAGGCUGUGUACAACGUCGUCAAAUGCGACGAUUUUCCGGUGUCGGAGAAAGUUGCGUUGCAGCUCGCGGGUUUGCAGGCGCAGGUAUCGCUCGGUGACCCGAAGGACAACGAUCGUCUGGACUAUUACAGUGAGGUGGAUAGUUUUCUGCCCUAUCGGAUAAGCCGAGCUCGCGGAGACGAUGUGUGGGUACCAAUAAUCGCACAGGCUCACAAGCAAUACGGUGCUGGUCGUUCAGAGCUCACAGCAAAAGUGCUGUAUCUCUCUUGCGUAAUGCAGUAUCCGCUUUACGGUACAACCAUGUUUAACGUGACGUAUCGCGGUUAUUGGUCAUACGGUAAUCAAUUGAUAUUGGGAAUAAGUGCGGACGGUUUGAUGCUGAUUAAGCCGGACGACAAAUUCGUGCUGUCGGAAUAUCGUUAUCAGGAUGUCGAGAGCAUAAUGUUAGAUCCGAGCGAUUCCUUCAUAACGCUUUCUCUGCUGAGACACAAUCCCGAUAGUUCGCACAAAUGUUUUGUAUUUGAGACCCCACAGAAAAAUGAGAUCGGUAGUUUGAUUGUAAGUUAUUGUCCGGUGCUGGCCGGUUGGAUAACGGAGAAUGAGGCCCCAACGAAAAAGAUAAAAGGCAUGACGAACGAGGACCGCGUUCGGCUUUAUCACAAUCUCGUUAAUUGCCGACGAGUUCUCGUUGAUUCGGAAGCUCUGAGAAAACCACAGGAUUCGGGUGGCGGUUUUCUGCGCAAUACGCUUAGAAGAUUGUCCAAACAUAGGAUCGAGAAAUUGCGUCAAGAACACGGGAGCUCAGCGGACCACGGCGAAACUUACAAAGGCUUCCCUCAUGUUUAUUGGGCUUUCAGCAGACAAACGAUACCACAGAGCCUGACCAAAUUACCCGACGCCGAGGAACAAAUAGCUCUUAGCGUUUUCCAACUCAUCUUGACAUAUGCCGGACUCGGACAAAACGGUGACACCGUUCGCCGGGUCGAGGAUGAACAUGUCAAUCUCAUACAAACAGUCAUGGAACGAUGUAUGAGGAAAGAAAAUUUACUCGGUGAACUUUAUCUCCAACUUAUAAAACAAACCACGGAUCACCCCGAUCCAAACAGCCGCGUUAACCUUCGCCACUGGGCGCUCUUGUCACUCGCUUGUUCCGUCAUACUUCCUCCACAAAAAAUCAUAAGAAAGUAUCUAAUCGCUCAUCUUAAACGUUGCGCUAGCGAUUACGUCACCGAAGAAGGAAAAUAUGCAAGAUUUGCCGAAAAAUGUUUGACCAAAACUCAAGGCACGAGGAGACGUCAAUGGCCACCCAGCAGGGAAGAAAUCAUGUGCACUAUCAACCGAAGACCCAUUUACGCUAGAUUCCACUUCAUGGAUGGACAGUACCAUGCUGUCGAGUUCCAUCCCUCGGCCACUGCCAGAGACGUCAUGGAAAUUAUCAAAGCCAAAAUCGGUCUCGAAGAAUCAGCAAUGGGUUAUGCAAUUUAUGAAGUGCUUGGUUCAACGGAAAGGUCUCUUGUGCCAGAGGAAAAAAUAGCUGAUGUUAUGUCGAAGUGGGAACGUUACAGAACUGCCAGUGUUACCCAACAGGGUAAUCAACCACAAAGAAAACACGGUCACCACCUGUUCCUCUUUAAAAAACAUCUGUUCCUUGACCAAUACAUGAAUCUCGACGAUCCAGUCGAAAAAGAACUUUUAUAUCACCAAGUGCUGCAUGAUUUGCGAGCUGAUAGAUUCCCCAUUACCGAGAAAGAAGCGAUGAUGUUGACUGCGCUUCAAGCACAAUUAGAACUUGGUGACUGCGAAGAGGGACCAAUGCCACAAGAAUAUCGAACAAUAUCUAGUCACUGCCUGCCAUCAAGACUCGUACCAAACGUUUGCCUCGACGGUGUUCUCCAACAUCAUCAAUCGUUACGGGGUAUGACACCGCCCGAGGCCAAAAAAGCUUUUCUCAAUCUUAUACAAUCUUGGCCACUUCACAGAGCCACGAUAUUCGACGUUAUGCAAUCUUUCACCUCUAACUGGCCGAGAGUAUUGUGGUUGGCUGUCGAUCAGCAGGGACUCCAUUUACUUGAACACCGAUCAAGGAACGCUUUGUGCACUUAUGAGUACAGCAGUAUAUUGAGCUACAGCCCAGCUCUUAGUUGCCUCAUGAUUAUUACCGGCACUGAUAAAAAACAAAGCAAAGUUAUUUUGACCACGUCGCAGGCUUGUCAAAUAGCUAAUUUGAUUCGCGAGUAUACGGAAGUACUCCAAUCACCGAUUGAAGUCCCGAAGAGAGACUCAACGAUAAUACAACAUAUAAAUCAACAUCAGCAGCUGCAGCAACAGCCGCCGCCGACUAAUGGUAUAUCCGCUCAACAGAGCGGAGGUCGGAAACCGCGACCAGCAUCAGUGCUCCAUCGAGGAGCACCGGUAAUACAAUUGCAGGCUAGUUAAGAAUCGAAUUAAGUACGCACAAAUUAAUAGCGUGUUAUCUAAUCGAAGCGAAAACCAAAGGGGUCUUUUUAGGCGAGACUGAAUGAACCCUCACCGACGAUAGCCUAUACAUAAAUGUAUAUAUAUAUGUGUGUUCGUGUACAUAUGUAUACAGUAGAAGCUUGUUGAAUCGCAUUAUUCAACCAAUUUAAACAUUAAAUCGAACGAAAUUGCGAAUAUUUCGCCCACAAACAUUCAACUCGGUCUCCGUUGCGUUUUCCUUGAUCGUCCUCUCAUAACAUUUCUACUGUACAUAUAGAUACGAAAACACAUAUAUAAAUUUCUCGAAUUGUCAAGAAGCUGUUGUGAACGUAGCUCAACGCAUGAAGAUUAUUCGUCUAGGUUUUUCCUUCCAAUAUUCAUUGUUACAAGCAACUGAUAAAGACGACGAUCAUCAUAGUAAUAACAAAAACAACAACAACAAGAACAACAACAACAAUAAUAAUAAUAAUAAUAUAAUAAUAAGAGCUUCUAUGUAUUUUAAUUCCAAGCUCGCAUUUCACAAUACGUUAAAAAAAAAAAUAAGAUAAAUACGAAACUGCCAUAGAAUCCCUAAAGACUUGUGGACGGAAAAUAAUGUUGAAAGAAAACACUGAUUAAAACGAAAAAACCUUAUACAUAGAAAGGCUAUGUAAAAUUGUUACAUGGACACGAUCAGACAACUCGUUGGACUAAUCGUUAACGCUCUAGCUGGUUCAGGGGACAACAUGACACCCUGAACAUUAACGCACAUUCGUUCUUUUCGACGUUUUUAUAUUCGAUACUUUAACCGGGUAAGACAAGAAAAUCGGAUAUUUUGUACAAAUUUGUUGAUUGAUCGAUCGGUUUGGAAAUCAACGAGUUUAUUUAAGUGACAUUUUUUCUGUCUUUUUUCAAACGUUUUAACUUUGUUCGGAUUCGGAACAUCGAACUUUGUUACAUAGACUUUUUCAUUAACGACGCUUUUUUUGAAUGAAACUCAAUAGGUUGUAACACUAUUUAAAUGUCAAAUAUCAUACAAUAUAUUUAAAUCAAUAAUAUGUUUAUUGUUCUUAGACAUGAGAGGGUAAAUACUCGUUUCUUGAGUACUUCGCCCAGAUGGACAGUUCCUUCGAUCUUCUUUUUCGAACUUAAGAUAUUCGUGACAGAUUUAGCUACUGUGAAUCAUAAGUAUAUUUACCCCAAAAGCGAGUCUUAAAUUAAAGCUCUGAUUGUAACUCCGUCUUAAUGCGGGAUGAUCAACAUUAAUAAUUCAAUUAUUGAUGCCUUGAUGCCUUCAUUGCUUCGGCAGAAUUUCUUCAUUUUGUACCUGCUUUCGUAGGCAAAGCGAUUGAAUCUGUAAAUUAUUUCCACGAGAAAACGAAAAAAGUUAUUCCAAUGAUUGCCAUGAAUCAUUUCAAGCACAAUUUUGGUUUGCGGAAUCCUGUAGAUAAUAGAAAACGGAUUGAAAUAUGAAAUUUAAAAAAUAAAUACUUCAACUCAUUGAGCCAUACAAUCCGAUUUAGUUGACAGAGACUCGACCGUCCGAAUUGAGAUUGUUGAGAUUUCCAGAAACUCGUGUAAUUUUUUAGCUUCUUUGAAUGAACGUUUUUCGUAGUCAUCGAAUAGAAGUGAAAUUGGAAUGAAAAUAUAGAAGUAGUGAAACAAGCGCGAAUAGUUUUUACGAAGCUGAAGGCUUUGAAAGCAUUUUUUUCACGUCCGGAAAUCAAAACAGGCGCCUUUUACAUCGGAAAUGAAUAAUAAUUUUGGUUGUCCCCAUUUGUUCGUCUGUAUAUAUGAUAUGAUUAUUCAAUUGAUCGAAAUCCAUUUAUAAAAUAUCAUGAAAUUUCAAACAAGCUAGAGAAACACUGAAACACACACCUCAUAAAAUGUAUUGUUUGUAAUUUAUUUUAUUCAUGAAAAACAGAAAGGAAAUAGCGAUCGUUCGACAUGAAUAUCAUUUCAGAAAAUGUUCUUAUGUUACGAGUUGAUACUAAGGAUGUGCUUUGAGAGACAAAAAAUGUUUGACGAAUUGUCGUACACGUGAGGCAUGUGUGACAAGGAAUAGUAGUUUAUUUGCCAAUUGGAUGUAUAUUCACUUCUCUCUUUCUCCGUUUCGUGUUUUUUUUUUUUUUUUUAACACGUAAAGUAUUUAUGUUUAUGGGUUGCGAAGACCGACGUAUGAAGACAGGGAGUGAAUGAACGAGCGUGGUUUUUGUACAUAAAAGUUUAAGUCUCAGACUGAUCACAGUGAUGAAUUAUGAAUUACGUUUUUUAAUUACUUUUUAAUGAUUUACGCAUAACCAGACACCCAUCAGGAACUUUGUUGAAAAGUUUCACGCGAUUAUCAACUUUCUUGUAUCGUUUCCAAUACUUCGUGAUUGACUUCAUCAUAGUUCUGUAUGAUAAAAUUUUGUAAUAAUCUUCGUAGCUAGACAAUCUUGAAUUCUAUAACUUUGUGCGAAUGUCCAAGUUAUGGGUCUUAAUGUGGACUUUGUAAGCUAGUUAUUUAUCGAACCACGCGAACCAUGACUUCUCGAAUCUCUAUGAUUUUCAUUCUCAUACUUAUUUUCAAGGAAUAUAUUAUAUAUUAUUUAUGGAAAAUUGUUAAUAUUAUAAAUAGAUUUUUUUUCUAUUUACAAAAUUGAGCAUUUCCUGGAACCGACCUCUAACUUCUGACUCGUAUUUCUGGAUCAUGCUGAGUCUGCUUUUGCACAAGAUUUUUAUUUGAUGAGAAGAUGGUUAAUGAAAUGUCAUAGUGCCACUAGAUAAUGAAACAAAUGAACAUAAAAAAAAUUCACCAAAAAAUGCAAAUUUUUUUUCUUAUGCAAUUAAAAAUUAACUAAUAUCUUUACAAUGCUUUAAGCUACAGAGUUCCGAGAGGUCGCGAUCAAUAGAAAAAAAGAAUUUCCAAUACGUGAGGUUCCAGUAUCCUCUGAACUAUUGUAAUUAUUUUAAAUGGCUCCUGCAAAAAGUCUCUGGGAGUGGAUUUGCUUUCUUAAGUGCACUUGUUUCUGAGUUGCUACCGCGUCUCUAACAAUGAUAAGGUACAAUGUCCGAACGCACCUUUGGAACGAGUAUGCUAUGAAAUUUUUGUUUUGAACGUAUGAUGAUUCGACAUGUGACCACAGAUUUAGGCCAUUUUUCGAUAUUGACUGUGAGUACUACGAGCACGAGUAUUUGGUAUAGGGCUUAUAGUACUCAAUGUUAAUAUCAGAACGCACUCUUAGUGUCAAUGUAAUAAGCGUAUGAAAUCCGCACAUAUGCGUGCGCGCUUGUGUUUGAUGAGUUUUGUUUGCGGGAACAAAAGAAACGAAAGAGAAUAAAAGGAAGAAUCGUAUUUAAAUGAAAAGAGGGCGAGAGCAUUCAACGUUAAAUGAUACGCGAAUUGAAAAGUGCUAAUGAAAACGGUCGCAUAAUCCUGUAAGUUAUGCGUCGCGUACGUACGUAGUUUAAGUUUAAAGAAAUUAUUGGUUGAACCAUGUUAUUGAAUAUUAUAUAUGAAACCGAAAAAUUGUGAAAAGAAUAAAUAAAAACGACAUAAGACUCUGUAUAUAACUGUAUACAAUACACGUGAUACCGCACUCAGCAAUGAAAUCCGUUAUGCGGCGUUACUUUUACAUCCUGAACCCUGGUAUUUCGCCGAUUGCGAGAAUUUCGUGCUCAUGAACUAAAAAAUCAAUAAAACAAUUAAUUACACCGGCAUACAAAAAAAAAGUGGGCAGUACCUAGAACCGGACCCAUCAAUCUCUACGUAUUUUGGCCCGCUGAAUCGGAUCCGAAUCUGGGGUCAGAUUGUGAGUAAAUUUCAAAAAACCGCAAAAAUGGCGAAAAAUCGCUGUUAAAAGCAUGAUAAAAGUUGUCAUUGCCCUUACUCGAGGGUGUUUUUUUAUGUAAUUUCAUACGCUGAAUUUGAAUCUGGAGUCAGAUCGGCUGAUACAUUUCCAAAAUUUUGAGCGAAUUCCAAAAAACCGCAAAAAUUUCGGAAAAUCAUUGUUAGAAUCACGAUAAAAGUUGUCUUCGAUCUUAAUCGGGAGUGUUUUUUAUGUAAUUUGAUGCGCUGAAUCUGAAUCUGGAGUCAGAUUGACUGAUAUACCCGCAAAAUUUUGAGUAAACUGCAAAAAUCGCUAAAAAUGAGUCAAAAUCGCUACGCAUGGGUAUGGGAAGAGUUUUAUUAAUCUAGAUCAAGUACGCUCCUUUUGUAUUUUGAUGCACUGAAACUGCAACCAGGCGUCUACUUAAAACUCGUACGACUCCAAAAUCUUGCUUCCAUGGAAAAAACCGGCUAAAAUUAAUCUUUACGAAUUUCGAGCAACUCAAUCCGAAUCCGGUGGCUAUAGUAGUCCCGAUCAUGCGUACUUCCGCCGUUUUAAACAUUAAAAAAGAUCUAUAUAUUCUGUAUUCAAUAAACUACAAACUGGAGAAAAUUAUUGUAUAAAAAACUUGAAUAUAAAACUAUCGCAAGCAUAA